AUCCUGGAUCUACUCAACGCCAUCCUUCAAGCGUCACACACCCUGGAUACACCAUCCGUCUCCUCCCUUCUCGAAGACUGCAUCACACAAAACUACGACUUUGGCACUGCAUACGGCCGUCUCCGCGGGGUAUGGGAAACUUAUAACGAUGGCACCAUGCAAGACGAACUACGCAGACGUGAAGAGGAGGACCGGAAGAGGCGACAAAAGGCACUGAAAGGAAACCGGAUUGUCGACCCGAAGUUGCCACCUCGACGUGUGUGGGACCUUUACAGCAAUCGCGUAGUGCCGUACUGGGCCACUAACAGCAGCCGAUGGGGAUGCCCAAUAUCACACGCAUGGGUGGAUGAGAAGGAUCGGGUUGACGUGUUGACACCUAUCAAUGGGAAGGAAUGGCCGGUGCCCAUCCCAAAGGAUGUGGACCUCCGCUUGAUCAGAAUCAAGAUGCUGAAUCUGGGAUAUGAGUACACGUGGCUGGACGUGCUUUGUUUGAGACAGGUGGGUGGGCGAUGGGAGGAUCUGCGUAUGGAGGAGUGGAGGCUGGAUGUGCCCACAAUCGGAUAUGUGUAUGAUGAGGACAAGGUGGUGAUCUACCUGAGUGGAUUGGGGCGGCCUUUGAGUUUGAAGGAGGGUGACUUGGACAGUGAUUGGAGUUGGUUUAGGCGUGCAUGGACAGUGCAGGAGGUUGGGUAUGCCAGGAUUAUUGCCGGGGAUACACCUGAUGGACCAAUGCAUGCUGAACCAAUAGACCAGAAUGAAAAGUACAAGAUUGAGAUACUGACACAAUUUCGCACCUUGCCAAGAUGGGGCCAGGAUAUUUUUAGUACACUGGCUGACAUGCAGAAGCGAGUGUCAACCAACCCUGUUGAUAAAGUUGCGGGACUGGCAUUCCCUCUAUGGCCUCUGACAAUACCAACAUAUCAUGAAAGUGAGUCUCUCGAGGAUGCAUGGACAGCACUGGUGAAUGCAAUGUGGUCUGGUAUGCAGGUGAAAUUCCUCUUUUUGUAUCCUGAGGCAGGACGAGGAAGCAAGAAAUGGAGACCAACAUGGGAGCAGGUCAUGACAGAGCCUCUGCCAGUGGAUGCAAACUGUGUGGGUUCUGUUCAGCAUGAUGAUGAGAAGGAUGAGGAGUGGUAUGAAGGGCCUUGCAUUGAAAAGGGGUGUGUGCAGGGUUUGGAAGCAGGAUCAGCAGAAGGGCAUGAUCGAUGUGGAGAGUUAGUUGUUGAAGAUGUGGAUGGAAUGGUGCACACAUUCAAAAUCAUUGCCACCCACCAGUACCCAAUACUGGAUGGCUCAUAUACACUGCUUGGUGAUAAUGACCCUGAUGACGAGCCUUCAGAAUAUUGGGCUGUUGGGCAACAACUGCCAGAACAGAGGUUUGAGAAAGUGUCUGUGUUUGCAAUGGCUGACAUAGAGGAAGCAAGAAGGUUCAACAAACUAGGCAUUGCUGUAAAGUGUCAUAAUAUUCUUGUUUGA